GCCUGCUCCCAAUUCUUCUGCUUUGUCCUCCUUGAACCCUCCCUCCCUUUCUUUCAUGCAUGUUCUCUAUAUAUGCUUGUGAUUUAGGUUUUCAGCCCUUUUAAUUAAUUCCAUAUAAGAUGAUCAGGAAAGCAUAUAUAGUCAACCUAGCUACUGUCUUGGUCUUCCCUCAGACGACUCAUCUCUCAUCUGUUUAAGACCAAAUACUUCAGAACUUUCUUCAUCUAUUUCCCCCCUUCCAGCUUGCUUAUUCUUCCUUCUUUUUAUCUUUUCCUCUUGCCAGGAUUAAUAUCCUAUUACACCAUCAUCUUGAACUUAUAUCGACGGUCCCUCAACAAGAGACAGAUCAAAACUAGGUAAUUUUUUGGUGCUUCACAAUGUGGACGAUGGGUUCUCAUGGCGAUGGCAGGGAGAUCACUAACCUCUCUGACCCAGUCAGUGGUUUUAAGCUUCGGCCCCUUAUUCCAAAGCCAACAUCUUUUGUCCCCAGAAAUACUAUAAUCUCUCCAAUAUUGGCCCCUCCUUAUCGUGAUUGCAGCACUCAUUUCACCAGUCUUUACUCAUUGAAUCACCAACCAGGCCGUUAUGUAACUGAACAAUUUAGGACAAAUUUCAACCCGCAGCCAUUGGUGACUACUCGGUGGAAUCCAACUUCGGAGCAGCUUCUGGCCCUUGAAGAUUUGUAUCGGCGUGGAACACGAACUCCAACAGCUGAGCAAAUCCAUCAGAUUGCAGCAUAUCUUCGGAGGUUUGGAAAGAUUGAAGGGAAGAAUGUUUUCUACUGGUUUCAAAAUCAUAAAGCGAGAGAGCGGCAGAAACGUCGGCGUGAAAUGGCAUCACAUUUACCAGAGCAGCAACAUGGUGGUAGCAGUCCAGCUGAGAAAGAAUCGGCCGUGACGAGGAGGACAGUGUAUAAAGUUAGACAAGAGAAGAAGUGGGCACCUCUUCUAAACUGCAGUGAGCUUAAGGAGGAAUCUGCGACGUCAAUGAAUAAAGCAGCAAUAGCAGAUGAAAGAUUCACACAUGGUUGGUGGGUUCAGUUUGAGGAGAGAGAAUCACAACAGCAGAGAAGAAGCACAGGAGAUAGGCGUGGUGGUACGUGGCAAAGUACAGAGACGCCUUGUUCUCCUCCCAUCAAAACCUUGCCCAGAACAGCUACUUUGUCAGACACAACAAAGCUCUUAGACAGUCAUUAUUUUAUGUCGUUGACACCCGACAAAGAAGAUGUUCCCCAUCUUGGGGAUCAAAUUAGAAGCUGUGAAUCUAAAACUCUUAACCUCUUCCCGCUCCCCGGUAAUGAUAAUUCGGAUGGUAACGAUCAUGUUUCUAGGACGAACACCAAAGUGCCCAUCACGUCUAGGCCGGAUGACAGCUUUGCUUCAAACCAAUUUUUCGAGUUUCUUCCUCUGAAGAUCCGAGGAAAACAGCCAACCGAUCCAUCAUGUGAUCAGAAUUAAACCAGUUCAUGCUAACCAGCUUGUACGUGAACAUGAUGAGAUGCAUCGAUCAUGCAUGCAUGGUUCACAGCUAGUAGUUAUCUUGCUACGUAGAAAGAGAUCAAAGAGAGAUGGAUGAUUUAUAGUUCAGAUCAUUAAUGUCACUCCACUAUGCCGGAAAUUGAAAAUUAAUAGGAUUAUUCUGUUUAUAAUAUUGUAUCAUGCAUGGUGCAAGAGUGCAAGAUCAGAAGACAGAGCACGUAGUACUUGUGCAUGUGGAAAUGUUGUUUCUUGCCUCUAAUGA